AUGCAUUCUCCUGAUGUCAACUUACUUUUCAGUCGAGGGUGUUAUUCAAAUGUGGGCAGAACUGGAAGAUCUCAAAUUAUUAACCUUGGUCCCAGAUGCCGGACUCUAGGAAUUGUUGCCCAUGAAAUCGGCCAUGCCAUUGGAUUCUUUCAUGAACAGUCUCGUUCUGAUAGAGAUAAGUACGUCACAGUGCUGUUGCAAAAUGUAAUACCAGGGACAGAGAAUAAUUUUAGGAAGUACCCAAGGUCAAUCAUUGAUUCUCUCGGCACCCCUUACGAUUAUAGAAGCUUAAUGCAUUACGCAAGCAGAGCAUUCAGCAAGAACGGCAGACUUCGAACCAUAAUAACGAAAAACCCGAGGUAUCAAGGAGUUAUUGGCCAGAGGAGGGGCUUAAGUCCAAUUGAUGCACAGCAAGCCAACCUUUUGUACCGAAAUGAAUGUAGAAAGAGAGGAGGGGGAGGAGCGGUUUGCCGAGACCGAUGGAGAUUUUGCCGAUGGCGGCCAGUAAGCCAAUGCAGGAAUUCCAGAGUUAGGAGAAACUGCAUGAAACGAUGCAACCAAUGCCGUUAGUAGAGAAUGCGAUCACCACAAUGAUGCAUUUAGUCUUUAACUCUUGUGUACCUCUUUAACUCUUGUGUAGCUUAAUAAAAGUCUUGUACCUGGA